AUGCCUCAACCUCCCCUCCGCAUCGCAAUCCUCGAAUGCGACACCCCCCUUCAAAACACCAAUUCCAAAUACGGCGGAUACGGCGGGGUAUUCACCUCACUCCUGCAGCGGGGAGCCUCCUCUCUUUCCCCUCCGCUUCCCGAAUCCUCUCUCCAAAUAAGUAAAUACGACGUUGUGACGGCGCAGGAAUAUCCCGCUCUCUCCUCCAUCGACGCAAUCCUGAUUAGCGGAUCGCGGCACACAUCUUUUGAAUCUGAUGCGUGGAUCGUGAAGCUGGUCGAGUUUGUGAAGGGGGUUUUGGCGCAGGAUAGAGUGCGGUUGGUGGGAGUGUGUUUUGGACAUCAGAUUAUCGGGAGGGCGUUGGGGGUCAAGGUUGCGAGGAGUGAUCGCGGGUGGGAGGUGAGUGUCACGCCGGUAGAGUUGACGGGGAGGGGGAAGGAGAUUUUUGGGUUGGAGAAAUUGAACAUAUUCCAAAUGCACAAAGACAUCGUCUACGAAUAUCCGCCCGAAGUCGAACAAUUAGCAUACACCGACAAAUGCGCCACGCAGGGAAUGUACAUUCGCAAAAAACUCAUCACCGUGCAAGGACAUCCGGAAUUCACAGAGGAGAUAGUGCGGGAGUUGUUGGAGGCACGUCAUGCAUCGGGGGUGUUUGACGACGAGACGUAUACGGAUGCGGUGGGGAGAGUGGAUAAGGAGCAUGAUGGUGUGAAGGUCGCACAGGCAUUUUUGAAAUUCAUCAUGGAGGAUUAG